AUGAAUCAGAGUGAAUCAACAUCAGCUGGCAUUGUACUACAAUUGGAGAAGACGACGAAUAAUAAUAGUGGCUGUGAAUCUGGCAAACAAGACAAGUGUGAUGAUAUAGAGAGCGAAACGUGUAGUAACAGUAGCAGUAGUAGUAGUAGUAGUAGUUGUGAAAGUGAAUUGAUUGUUUUAUCGAGUGGAAGGAUUAAACAGUCACAAUCAAAUCAAUCCAUUUCAUCAUCGAUAUCGACACCUUCACUAUCUUCAUUGAAGCCAUCAUCACUUUUGCCUAGCCAAAAGGGUCUCGCGACCAAGCUCAAUAUCAACACUCCACCCGACACCCCAACCCACUCGUUUCACGAUAUUAGCAAGGCAAUUAGUGACGGUACCACCGAAGAGGACCUACCCAAACUUAGAUUGGAAAAAGAGCAAAAGACAACAACCCUACUAACCACAACCACCACGACGACAACCACAACAACCAUGACUACACAAGUCAUUACAACGACGACAACAACAACCACAUCAUCUUCAGCAGCUGGAGCCAGCUUAUCUUUGAACAAUAACAAUAACAAUAAUAAUAGCAUGAUUGAAGCUAUUCCUGAACAAACCUCUUCACCCAUUCGAUCGCUAUCCUCUUCUUGUGGAGACAUUCGAUCGCCAAAAUCAUCACACAACAAUGUACUACAUCAUCAUCAACAACAAGAUAUUGGCGGUGAAUUGGGAGAUGACGAUACAAUCGAGGUGGAUGGAGCAACUGGGGUUGCAAUGAUUGGCGACGAUGGCGAAUCUACUUCAUCACUUUCCACUUCUUCAUUAUCAACCUCUUCCAGUUUGACAUCUACCUCUUCCAACCAUAGUAACAAUAUUUUAGCAUCUUCAUCACCUCUACACUAUACCAAACAUCAUCAUCACCACCAUCAUCAUCAACAUAAUCAUGGUGGUAGUGUAUUACAACAAUCGACAUCGUCUGCUGAAAAUAGAACACCAAACAAAAAAUUAAACGAGAGUAUUGGUUCGAAUUGGAGUAACGAUAGUUUGACAAUCAACACUAAUAGUGCGGGUGGAGGUAGCAGUGGUAACAGUAUCAAUGGAUCUUUGACACCUACAUCGACUUCGUUGACACCCAACCGCGAUGUCCGAUCUGUAUUGUUGCGGGUCAAACUACCAGAGUCACACCCACUUAUUACAAAGGUUGCUAGAUUCCCAUUAAACUUUACAGUCAAAGAGACAUUGGAUCGUAUUCACGAAUUGGUCGUUCUAGAAAACCGUGUCAAUCUCAUUAUUUUAUUCAAUCGAAUGAUCCUAUCGCACAACCAAACACUUUCCAAUUAUUUUGGUGCCGACGAGGGUAUAGUGCAAACCAUUGAACUCAAAGAGAUUACGAGCAUGUCCUCCAAUACAACACCGGCACAACUUAUCAGUAAUUUGUCGUCGGGUGGUAAUGGAGCAGGAGGAGUACCAAAAGAAAAACCAAAGCUUCUCCAUGCAUCUUCAGUUCAGAAUCUGUUGGCAUCAAUGCCCACUAAAAAGAGACAUUCUAGUGACAAGGAGAAACUACUCUUUCAACCACCCCUACCAUCCUACACUAAAGAACUCGAUAAGCUAUUUUGGAUUUCAAAUGGUGUCACUGGAAGUGGAUCAAAAUCGAUUCCAUGUCUAUUUCACAAAUGGAAAUGUAGAGAUAGUAAAGUACAGUCGGAUCUCACCAUCCUCUACAGUGGAGGUGAUCGAGAAGAUCUCGGUCUCAUUCGAAAGAAUAUGCGUAUCCUUUCAGACAUCCUCCAAUGUAAUAUAUUUUGUUACGAUUACACUGGUUUUGGCUUAAAUGCCUCUGGUAAACCUACCUUGAAAGAACUAUGUAAUGAUAUCUCUAUCGUUUUUAAUUAUUUAACAAAUACUUUAAAUAUAUCACCUUCUUCAAUUAUUUUAAUGGGUAAAUCAAUAGGAACAAUUUGUAGUAUUAAGUUUGCUUCAAGUUUAUAUCAAAAAUCCAAAUCUACCUUGUCUUUAACUUCACCAAUACAUAAUAAUAACACUACAUCCUCUUCAACACCAACCUCACCGAUUUCUCCAUCAUCACCCUAUUCAACAGUUGCAUCAUCUACAACACCAAUAAGCGAAUCCAAACAAUCUAGUCGAAAUGGACAACCAUUGGGAGGAUUGGUAGUCAUUGCAUCGUUUGGACCAAGUACGUUGGGUGGAAAUAUAGUCAACAUGCUCCUGUCGAUAGAGUCAUUUGACCAUCUUAAAAAGGUCGAGCGAAUAGCUUGCCCGACGUUGGUUGUCCACGGGGACAGUGACGACAUUGUAAAUAUUAAAAGCGCCAAAAAAUUAUCAAAGCUGUUUCCCAACCUUUUCCGUUACGUUCCGGUCAAGGAGGCAACGCACUGGAACAUCGACACCAAGUAUCUGGACGACUAUGCCGACGACAUGAUCGACUUUGUCAAGCAUAUUGCACCAGAGCAGUACACGCAAAGACAGGUGGAGUUGCCCUCUUCCUACGCCAUGUCACCCAGCAAGGUUGUGGGUGCCUGGCUCGAACGUCUUCAGCUCCAAGAAUACACCAACAACUUUUUACAAGCAGGUUACUUUGAAAUGAUGUCGAUUGCCUCACUAGACAAGUCUAUGCUAGAGUUUUUGGGUGUUGGCGAACAACACAUUCCUACAUUGCUCGGUGAGAUUGAAAAGUUGGUACGCACCAUCUUUCCAAGUAGUGCAGCUGCACAACAACAGACCAUGGUUAUCACUGCUCCUAUAGGCGCCAACAAUAUUGACAUUGACCUAUCUUGUUCAAUAGAUCUAACCUCAACUUUUAAACUUCACAGUACUGUAACCAAGGCAUCACGUUCUCGUUCAUCAAGUAAUAGUAAUACAACCAUUAAUAGUAAUAUUACCAAUAGUAGCAGUACAACCAUCAUAAAUAACAAUAACACUAAUAAUAUUAAUAAUAAUAACAACAGUAAAUAUCACAACAAUAAUAAUUGUGAAUGUGAAUUUGAAUGUAUAUGUAGCAAAGCUAGUAUUGAAUCUUCAAAUACUACCAAUUCCAUCAACACAAAAACUAGUACCUUUGUAUAG